AUGAGUGGCGAAACGGCGUCGUCUAAGGCUCCGGCUCUGGCUAAGAAGAAGAAGAGUUUGGGAUGGAUGGAGUGGAUGAGAGGAUGGAGCAGCGUUUUCGGGGAGAUUCUGUUCCAGAGGAUCACAGCCUCUCAUUUGCAAAACCCUCUCCCUCUUCCUCCCGUCAACGACCUCACUUGCAUCGUCACUGGCUCCACCAGCGGCAUUGGCCGUGAGACCGCUAGGCAGCUUGCAGAGGCGGGUGCUCAUGUUGUGAUGGCUGUGAGGAACACAAAGGCAGCUCAGGAGCUGAUUCAGCAAUGGCAGAACGAGUGGUCUGGGAAAGGUCUCCCACUUAAUAUCGAGGCAAUGGAACUUGAUCUUCUUUCACUGGAUUCUGUCGCGAGAUUUGCCGAUGCUUGGAACGCUCGUUUAGGACCGUUGCAUGUUCUGAUUAACAAUGCUGGCAUUUUUGCUAUGGGAGAGGCGCAAAAAUUAUCAAAGGAUGGAUACGAGCAGCACAUGCAAGUUAAUCAUUUAGCUCCAUCGCUUCUUUCAGUACUUCUUUUGCCGUCUCUGAUCCGAGGUUCUCCAAGCCGAAUCAUUAAUGUGAAUUCUGUGAUGCAUAGUGUUGGUUUUGUUGACCCGGAUGACAUGAAUGUUGUUUCUGGUAGCCGUAAGUAUUCAAGCGUUGUAGGAUACUCGGGCAGCAAGCUUGCAGAGAUCAUGUUUAGUAGCGUUCUUUUCAAAAAGCUGCCUCUGGAAACAGGAGUUAGCGUCAUAUGUAUAUCCCCUGGUGUUGUCCUAACAAAUGUUGCCAGGGAUCUACCCAGGUUUCUUCAGUUUCUGUACGCCUUGAUACCUUAUUUCAUAUUUUCACCCCAAGAAGGUUGUAGAAGUACUCUCUUCUCGGCCACAGACCCUCAGAUUCCAGAGUACUGGGAAACGCUAAAGAACGAUGAUUGGCCUGUUUGUCCAUUCAUCUCUCAAGAUUGCCGUCCGGCAAAUCCUUCAGAAGAAGCACACAACACAGAAACUGCACAGAGAGUGUGGGAAAAGACAUUAGAGAUGGUGGGUCUUCCUCUCGAUGCAGUUGAGAAGCUCAUAGAAGGGGAAAAUGUCCAAUGCCGUUAUGGAGCACAAGAAGAAUAGUCUUUAAAAAACAAAAUUUCACAGGUUUGAAUGUCCCCUUAAAAACCAAAGGGUAAGUAUUGAGAAAUAGCAUCUUUUUUUUUCUUUUGUUUCUUUUAAUCUACUAUACACUGGGGACUGAAUACCCCCUGAGGCAUGUGGUUUGCUUGAGAAAAGGACAAGGAUGGGUGUGAGAAUGUUUGACUGUUGGUUAAAAAAGGCAUGCUUGAGCUGCCAUUCCAGGGCUUACUUGUAAGUCUUCUUCAAGUGUAUCUGAGUCAAAAGAUAUUCAGUAGUAUGGUCUGGUGGGUAGUUUCCUCACGUUGGCUCAUGUAUUUAUACCAGUGAAAGGC